GGGCUAAACCCGUAGCCCACUUAGUGAAAGGCUUUCAUUAGUUGGGCUGAGACGUCAAAGCUUAAAACGCAUUGAGGGACGCAUCGAUCGUUUGUUAUUGUCAGGAUCGUUGCAGAAACGUUUAUAAGUUUUUUCGAUUUAUGAAAAGUGAAAUUUAUUAUUUUGGUUGUUGAUCUUGUUUUCGAUUUGUUCUUGGGUACAAAAAUGGAUAACACCCAUGCAAAAAUGGACAAAAAACGAAAAAAUAUCGUGUUGACAUUAGUGGAAAAGGUGCGUAUAAUAGAAGAUUUUGAAUCUGGAGGCGCAACGCAUGAUACGCUAGGGAAGAAGUACGGUAUAGGAUCUUCUACUGUAACCAGGAUUAUACAGAAAAAGGAAACGAUUCGAGCAGCAGCGGAGAAAUUUACCGAAUAUGGGGUGGAUAACCGAAAGACAUUGAGGGAGCAGAGGUUCCCUUUGCUGGAAGAAGCUCUCUAUGUCUGGAUUCUCCAGCAGCGACAGUCUCAUAUUCUGUUAACGGUGGAAAUUCUGAAAACAAAGGCGGAGCUUUUGUUCAAGCUGUUGCAGGAUAAAGGGCACUACGUCGUGCACAAAUUUUCGGCCUCAGACGGCUGGAUGCAUCGCUUCAAGCAGCGGUUUGGAUUGCGGGUUAAAACGGUAGCGGGUGAAAAGGCAUCUGCAGAUGUUGGAGCAUACCUGAACUUUAAAGCGAUUCUACAAAAGAAAAUUCGUGAUAUGCAGCUGUCGAACUCUCAGGUUUUCAAUGCAGACGAAUCUGCACUUUUUAUCAAGCUCUUGGCUACCCGUUCUGUUGUUACGCACACUGAAACCAUGGCGAGUGGGCGAAAGCAGAAUAAAACCAGGUAUACGUUCAUGCCAUGUUCUAAUAUUGACGGAUCGCUUAAGCUUCAGUUGCUUUUUAUUGGAACAGCUGCAAAGCCACGGGGACUGAACACAGCAACACUACCCGUAUCGUAUUGUCAUUCCAAAAAAGCUUGGAUGACCAAACAGUUAUUCCGUCAUUGGUUCUAUGAGGAAUUUGUCCCCGCAGUGCGGAAAUUUUCUCUCGAGCAAGGCUUUGAACCAAAGGCAUUGCUCGUGCUUGACAAUUGUACCAGUCACUAUGAUCUAGACGAUCCUCUGCAAAGUGAUGACGGGCUGAUUCAGGUUAUUUACCUUCCUCCAAAUGUCACCUCUGAGUGUCAGCCAAUGGACCAAUCGGUUAUCAAUGCAAUGAAAAGGAAGUACAAAAGAAAACUGAUGUUGAAGCUGAUCUUGGAAAACGAGCAUUUGACAUUCGAAGAUCGUUUGUCCCCGCAGUGCGGAAAUUUUCUCUCGAGCAAGGCUUUGAACCAAAGGCAUUGCUCGUGCUUGACAAUUGUACCAGUCACUAUGAUCUAG